AAUCCUCGAAACGCCAAAGCGCUGCGGCAACUAAGGUUUCAAGGCCGCAAAGUAGACAACAGAGAGCUCGAAAUCAACAAACAAGUUCUCAAGGAACGCAGCAAGGACGUGUGGAUGAACAUGAACCAGAACAACGCCGAGAACACGACGUCGCCGACAGCCAGCGGCCUUAGUGAUCAGCCCACGUCGCCUCCCGGUUUGACUCGAAACCCGUCUAUGGCCUCGACUACUCCUUUGUUGGCUGCUCCUUUUGAUUCGGAAUCGGCUACGGCUGCGUACAUGGCCUCGACAAUGGCUCCGGCUCCGCAUCCAGCUCCGAUGGCGGCCGUGAAUGCGAAUCCGGCGUCGCAUUCAUUUGCGGUUAUGGCUGCAACUGACGGAUUCGGCAGCGCACGUGGCUUCGUCUACUGCGGCUGAAGAAGUUGGGGCUGUGUCAUCAACCACUGCCACUGCUGCUGCUGCUGCAGAACCUCACAACGGAAAUUCUCGUACGACCUUCAGAUGGAACACAAGCUGGGCACACUUGGAGCGCCAAGAAGCGGCUACGAGGCAAGCGCCAAGAAGACAGCGUCCUGCACACAGGCCUCUGGGCGAUGACCGAAACGCCAGUGUCGUACGAGGAACAUACUGCGCCAGGGCUUACCCUUGUGACACCUGCCGCUACCACUUCGACGUCCGCCUAGACCGACGCGAGGCCUUACUGAACUGGUUCAGGGACAGCGACAACCUGGACAACCACGUGUUGUUUCUGUUAAGCGUGUUGUUCGCCAGUGGGCUGGCGAUGUCCCUCACGUUCGCCUGGCUGGAAGCCUCCCAUCGGAUGGCCAACAGGUCCUUGUGGCUGAAUGUGCCGCUGGGGAUCGCCUUUGCCGUCCACAGCUGCCUGUGGGCAUCCGUGGCUCUCUACUGCCUAUGGCAGUACCCCAAGGCAUUCUGGAGAUGGAAAAACCAGACGCUGCCGCUGGUCGCCCAGCAUUUCAUCCGCAUGACCACGACUUCCGAUCCGGCGGCUGACCAAAUGCCGUAGCAGCCCGAGAUCGGACUCCACCGAAAGGCGCAUGGCCGGAGAAUA